CUUGGCAGUAGCUGGCCAAGUGGUAAUUUUACAGUGAUGAAAGUUGUAAAAAAAGCCCUGAACUAAACUAAACCCAUUUUCCAUCUGGGAAAGAGCCAAAGUGGGGCAGGUGCUGAGAGUGGUAGAGGAAGAAGUGCUUUGCUUGUCUUUGCAGUCAAGAGCAGCUCCUGGUGAGGGGGGUUUGCCCUUGGUCUGCCAGGAGAGCUGCCUGAACCCGGCCACGUGCUGCAAUAAAUUUGCCACCAGGUGGAAGUACAGCACAGGUAAGGAGGCAGCUCUUGGAGCCCAAGUAAGGAUCUGCUGGAAUGUGGUGGUUUUCCUUUGAACAAACAUCUCUGCCACUAAGAGCGGGUCAGAGUGAACAGGUAAUGUCACAAAUGUUCAUUCCAGCAGCGAGAGCUGCUGCAAAAGAUGGAGUGCUGAGAGCCCAGGGGUGCAAAACUUUGUGUCUGGAGGCUGUAGCAAAAGGUGGCUGAUCCACUGGGCUGAGACAUAAAUAGUGAAGAAGAGAAAGAGACAUCUCUGAGAAUGAGCACAUGCAGAACAGGCCACACAGGAAAAGAAUGAAACCAACCUGUUGCCUACAUUAUUUUUCUGUAAGUGAAACAGUACAGAAACUGGUGUUUGGGGGUGAAAUGGAAUGAAGCAAGGUGUUUGUGGUUUCUUUUUUUGUGCUCAGUGUGAUUCUAAUACUUUGUUUUCCUGAUAACCAGUUGGACAAAUUGUUCUUAGCAGAGUGUGUGUGUUUUUUGGUUGGUUGGUUGGUUGAAUUUUUUUGUUCCAUAAGGCCCUGUGAUUUUAUUUUUCAGCUUUUUCUUUGUACAUUAUAAUGACCUCUUGUUUCUAACUCACCUGGAGUCCUUGCUAAACUCUGACUGUUACAAAGAGUUGAAUAAUUUAUCCAGUUCAAGGCAGGGGUUACAGUCUGUGUGUGUCUGCAUGUGAAGCUCUUGAUCUCAAAGAAGGAGCCAAGGGUGUUUGCAGAGGGAAAACCUCCAACUCAGAGUAACUUUCCAGUAAGUAAAAUCAAGUAAUCAUCUGAUGGUGUUUCUUCUGUCCACUGUAGUUGUCAGCUGGAGUAGAAAACACACACUCUGUUGUUCUCUAGGAAAUGAAAGAGCCCGAGAUUCAAGGUUGAAAUUCAUCUUUAGGAUCUUGAAGGGAGAUAAAGACAUCAGAGCACAGGCAAUCUUUUACAAAUGCUUUUCCUGUAAUUGCCCUGCAACUACCUUAGCAGUCCUCAGGCAACCAUUGCAUGCUUGGGAAAAUCUUGGCUCCAAUACACAGUUUUGAGGCAUGGACUGAAGAAAUAAACACUCUCCAAGUCUGUGUUAAUGAGAGUUUUGAAUCUUGGUUAUAUUGGCCUUCCUUUAUGCAGGUGUCCAGCAGUAAAUCAGUGCUCUGAGAGUGCUAAAGUUUCUGGAUAGAUGCAUUUUUUGAUUAGUAACUACUGGUGAGAUCUUUGAUUAGUACCUAGCAUUUCUAGCCUGGCAUGGGCUGGUUCUGAACUGUUUUCUCAAGGGAGCACUGGAAAGCCCUGAUGCAGGUCAGGUAGAUUGUGUCGUUCACUGUCAGUGCAUUGUAUUUCUGCAGUGCAUUUCUCUCCUAAAUAUGGAACAUGGUUUGUUUUCCUCAGCUUUCUCUGGCAUGAUUAAAAUGAAUUAAGGUUCUCCUUUCCUCUGCACCUUGUCUUGCUGUUGCACUUUCAAGAACCUUCCAGUGGAAACAAUAGAAAGUAUCUUUUUGUGUGCAAAAAGGAACAUUGGAGCUUUUGGUGUGGGAUCCAAUGUGGAGCAAAGGUUCUGGUCUUUCAGAAUGGAGGUGUAAGAAGAAUCAACAAAGACAGUGAUAAAUAUUUGUAAUGCCUUUCACAAAUAUUAUUGGACCCUUUCAAGGCAUGUUUUCAUGGAGAAACAAGGAAACUACUUUGGUUUGCUUCUAAUUCAGUUUCUAGAUCAGUUUCUGUUACUGCCAAAUAAUCGGUAGACAGUCACGGCCAUUUCUACUGAAGUAGUAACACCUCUUCCUAACUAGUAAGAGUCUCCAAAUUCUGUAAUACAUUUGGCUAAGUAUGUCAUAUUUUGACUUUCUCGUUGUUUUUCCUUGUUAGUCAAAAGCCCAGGUAGUCUGUUUGAAUGGCAAGGAAUGUAAAAGGUGCAGUAAGUUAAAGCAGAUUCAAACUGUGUUAUUUCCCAGUGCAGUUGAGAGCAGUUGAGUUUGUGAUGGUCAGGAAGAUUUGCUGAGCUGGGACUCUGUUAGAAGGCUGUGACUCAGCACAGAACUCUGCACCAGUGAAAAUGAGGUGUCUGGUUGUGCUCGAGCUCCUUGCUAUGGGUGCAACAGCAGAGAACAUGAAUUUCAGCCUCAGGAAGGCUGAAAUGAAGCUUGAUUGCCAUAUCUUAAUUGCAUUUAAUGUCUUUUAAGUUAUUCUAAAAGAAUCCUAAGGUAUUAAAAUGUUGCCAAGACUUCUAAGAUGUAGUGUAAGCAGACAUGACAAAUUCUGUCUGCUAAAGGGAUCUUCCUUUGUGUGGACUUUACGUUAAAGCUUAUUCUAUUGCAAAAAAACAAACAAACAAACAACAACAAACCCUCCCCCCCAAAUUAAAAUUAUUUUUCUGAUAACAAAUCAGGAAAACAAACCCAGCACCUUUUGUUGCUUUUACUGGGGUGUGCUGAUACAAUUAGCACUGCUGCUGAAGUCAACAGGAGAUGUCUUUGUGAGUUUAAAACAAAGCAAAUCCACACUGAAGUUCCCAGCAAUCCCACACUAGUUGCUAUUCCCCUCUGUAUCUUCCAGUGUCACCAUCCUUCUCUGUGGGAAUUAGAGACACAGCAGCUGUGAUGGGUCACUGCUGCCCAGUUCUCAGCUCUUCAUAUCUGCUUUGGGGGUUUUUUACAGCAGAAAGCUUCUGUCCAGCAGAGAGUUGAAGUCCUGUGCCUUUCCCUGGCUGACUUGUUGUGUGUUUCCCUGUCAGGCAAGGACAGAUGGCUCCUGCCCUGGAUUUCAUUCUGGGGCCUGAAGGGGCGUUUGGUUCCCAGCGAAGCGUGGAAAGCCGGCAUUUCUGGCAGAGUAUGACGGUCCUUGCUGUCAGAGAUGAAGUUCCAAACAGAAGAAAGCAGAAAAUGAGGAGCUGAUAGAAUUUUGACAGCAGGAAUUCAGACACCGUCUCAGGUUUGGGGUUUGCCCUGGAAAGAAAGAAGAUGGAACAGGCGUUAAGAAGAUCCCCGAACUGAAAAACACUACCAAGACUUCCUGCUGAUUCAUCUCUUCUGAGUAAAUGAAGAAAGUGACUAUGAAAGCACAGCAUCUUCCUUCUGUUUUCAUCAAUGAGGAGAAGUUCAUAACCAGAGAGCAGUUCAGUUUUCUUCUGAAGAAUUAUAACUCUUACUAUUCGGAUCAAGAGAAUCUACAACUGACAUGUAAUCAGCGAGAAGGAAAUGCACCAUUUAUUGAAGGAAUCCUGUCAAUAUUUUGGGGAGUGCGACACCCUAUCCGAUUAAAAAUCCAGGAUGAGAAGCUGAUACCCUCUUUUGUAACCCUGAAGUCAACAGGGAGCGUGGAUUUGUUCCCUAGUAAAAGGGGAAUGACUCGCUGGGGAGAAUUUGACGACCUGCAUCACAUUAGUGGGGAGACACUGAAGUCUGCUGAGGAACAGCCAGACCUCGAGCAAAGUUAUCCAUGUUAUGAAAGCCACACGCUGAAGCCCAGGAGUGAGCAGGAGCACGACUGUGCCACCCUGCCCCGGACCAGCAGCGAUGCCGCGGCCGUGCGGAAGAGGACCAAGCUCCCCACAGCAGCCAGGACAGAAGGAGAAACUCACAGGUUCUCAAUCAAUGGCCACUUCUACAACCACGAGACAUCAGUUUUCACUCCGGCUUUUGGAUCAGAAACCAAAAUAAGAAUCAACAGCCACAUGAGAACCAGACAUGUGAUAGAACAGCUGCUUCACAAGUUUAAGAUAGAAAACAGCCCCCAUGAAUUUGCACUUUACGUUAUCCAUGCAUCUGGAGAAAAGAAGCAGCUGAGGAGUGGAGACGUCCCCUUGCUGCACAGGCUGCUGCAGGGGCCCUCAGAGAAGAUUGCCAAGUUCUUUCUCAUGGAUGGGGACGUGGAAGAGAUCAGCAGUGACGUUGCUCAGUACAUUCCAUUUCAUCUUCCCUUUUUGGAAUCAAUUUUGCAUAGAAUAAAUGAAGAGGAGAAGCAGGAGAUUCAACAGACAGUGGCAAGGUACCUGAAAGAGAAGAGCCUGAUACGGCAACACCUUCGCAGUCGAACUGUCAGAAAAACAGAGACCACGGUUUGAUGGGAACGGCCCCUUGGGAACAGCCCCCUGGGUGUGCUGCGUGGUUCUGGGGGCUGGGACUGAGGAGCCCUUCAAGCUCAGGGUGUGCAGGGUGAGGGAGUUUCUCCUGAGCAUUAGACAGCCGAAACUGCCCCCACUGCUGCAGCGCUGGGAUGCGGGUUGGAACCACCUAAGGAGAUGCACUACAUCCCCCAAACAACAGAUGCUGAAUCUGGCUUGGAACUUAGGGAAAAAUAUGCCCUGAAAAGCCCGAGGCUUUAAACCCUGCUGAUGUACAACACGUUACCAAGAGGCUGGCAUAGGAAAAAUACUGCAAUAACCACUGUCUUCAUAGAAAAUAUGCACAUUAAGUAUAUGGUUAUCCCUCUAUUAGAGAAAUGUGGAAUUGUACUAGCAGAAAGCUUUUCAGUAGAGGCAAGUGGCAGAAAGUAUUUAUGUAUUUAAGACAGCAGGUAGGAUUUUCACUUACCUUAUAAAAUAUCCAUGCGAGAUGCCUGAAAUCCCACUGGCUUCAUGUUGGUAGAGGCUGAACUUGCUUAAGCUUUGAGCUACAGUUAGAAAAACAUAAUUGGCAGCCUCCCACGUACAAGCUGCUCAGCCCUUAACCAUGAGAGGGUGUUUAUCCCUGAAAUACCUUGUGAAAUGCAAAAGAAGAACUGUCACUGAACACAGGUGGGUCCUGGAAGGCAUCUCAGUAGUUUUUGCUGCUGUAGUAAGUGAUUCUGUGGUUCUUCCAGUGUUUUCUGUUUGGAAGGGAAUGGAGAAGUGCUCAGGGAGAGGCUGAAUGUCAUAGCCAGGGAGGGUUGGGCUCGUGGCCUCCCCAUGGAUGCCGUUUGGGUCCAGCCUGGCCCCAGGUAGGGCACAGCAGCCAAUGCCAGGCCCUGUCUGGUUGAGCUGUGUUGGAUAUUGGAGCUCAAAUUACAGAGGUGCAAAUAAAAUAAAUUGUGUGCAGUUGAUGUUCCUCCUGCAUUAGCCGGUUGUUUUUACCUGGUAUCUGUGACUUACCUCAGCUGCCUUUGCCUUGUGCAGGUAACAAAUAGCGAGGGAAGAAAUGAAUGAGAGGAAUGUCUUGUCUACAGAUCAUGUGGAAUAAAUCAAAUUAUAAAACUUUA